AUGAGCCCUGUGAGCAGGAGCAAGAUCGGCCUCCAGCUAGAAAUCAGCCUGAUCCUGUUUCAUAUCGGUGUGGUGGGCGCCUGUACAGUCUCUGUGCUGCAGCCAGGCUACCUAGAGGUGGACUACACUUCUGAGACUGUCACCAUGGAAUGCACCUUUUCCACAACUGAAUGUUCUUCAAAGCAACCAAGAAGCCUGUGGUUUCGCUGUGGGACUCACCAGCCUGAGGCUCUGUGCUUGGAUGGAUGCAGAAAUGAGGCAGACAAGUUCACAGUGAAAGAAAUCCUGGACCAGAACCAAGUCUUCCUCACUGUCAACAGGGUGUCUCCAAAUGACAGUGCAAUUUACAUCUGUGGAAUAGCAUUUCCUCACGAAGUGACACCGAGAGCUAAACAGACCGGAAACGGGACAACACUGGUGGUAAGAGAAAGUCUUCUCGGCAGGCAUGUGCACAGUCUCCUGAUAGUACUCUUAACACUGCUCUCUGUCUACACCAUCGGGGUGUGUGUGAUCUUCAUAGUCUUCUUCAAAUUAAAACCCAACAGCCCAAGAAGCAGAGACACCAAAGAAGACUCUCAAAAGAUGAGUGCUCGGCGUAUCUUUCGGGAAAUCGCUCAAGAAUUAUACCAUAGGAGAUAUGUGGAAACAAGUCAACAACCUGUAAGUAUAAAACAGUACCUAUCACUGAAAAGAAUAUGCUGCCAACAAGCUGUCAAUAAUAACUUUUCCUUUAGAAAACACUCAAAGUGUGCUUAUCAGAGAACCUGUUCCGCAAAAAGCAUGGCAAAUAUUUUCAACAGUCAGAGGCCUCCUUAUUAGUGAUGUGAAACUGUUUUAAGGACAGGCAAGGGGCUUUUAUCGACUAGGAACUACUUCAUACUACACCCAGUGAGCAGUAGGCCCAGAGUCAGUGCUACAUACCUGUGUCUUUUUAAGUCACUUGUUACCAAUAAAGGAAAAACAACUUUGCUAAUAAUACAAAUGCAGCAUUUUGCUAGCUGUAGGGCUAAGGCGCUGUAGACAGAAUGGUCUGGACAACUUCCAGACAUAGUGCCUCUCAGCCAGGCAGGAUUCCCAAGGGAAUGUUGCCUUAAGGAGAUCUGGUCCCACAAUGCAUGGCACAGAUGCUAAGCAUUCUGACAACGUACACAGAGAACUGAUGACUAGGAGAGAAAAAAACUACAACAGGAUGAUGACUAUAAAGUGUGAUUUCCCCCACGCACACCCUUUGAAGAUGAGAUGAUGGAAGAGUUACCCAAUCUGUAAGAGCUUUCCAUGGACCAGAGGUGUAGCUCCACAGCAAAGCACUUGCCCAAUAUUCAUUAAGGCCUGGGUUCCAUCCCCAGCAUCAGUUUUACAUAUAAAAAUCUAACCCUUUUAACCAAAAGAGAGUAUCAUCCACAUAGUUAACCCAUCCCGUGUGACAUAAAAAG